CGUCCCUCCCGCCGCGGCUGCCAGCGCCGCCGGCACCAUGGGCUGCUGCUGCCGCUUCCUCCUCGCCCUCCUCCUCCUCCCGGCAGGACUGGGUGAUGACGCCACAGCAUUGCCCCUCAGGCCUGCCAGCCCCCCCUUCCCCUUGGAGGGGAUCUCAUCAGGGCCAGGCUCCAGGGAUGCAGCUGUCCCCACAGCAACUCCUGGCCAGCCCUUGCUGGCCACAUCCACGGGACCUGCUGGAGAUGGGACACCCUCCAGGCUGGUGGAGGGGGAUGGCCAUAAUGCCACCCCUGCGGCAGCACUGUCCCCUGCUCCUGCCUCUGUCACCGUGAGCUCCAGCACCGCAACCACUAUCACCAUGACAGACAGCCCAUCUGUAGUCUCCAACCCCAGCUUGGCGCCACCAACUUUAGAGGCAGCCCCAAGUCUUUGGACAGCAAAUACUGCCAGCUUGGCAAGAGGCAUGAUGGAUUUGGAGGCAGCUCCCAGCCCCACGGCUAUACCUGCACCCUCCUCCUCCUCUUCCUCCCUUCGCACUAGCGACCUGUACUCAUCCCCUGGGACGGUCUUGCCCCCGACGCCUGUCCUCAUGAGUCCCAGCACCACCCAGCCACCAGCGCUGACCAAGGACCUCCCUUCCCUGGGGACGCUGGCCAUGGCAUCAAGCCUGGCUGUGGAGCCAACAUCCCCCUCAGUGCCUGUGACGAGCCCCACUGCGGCCGAGGCUACGGCCGUCGGCAAAACCACCCUCUCCACCGGCGUCACCAUGGAAGAGGUCCCACGUGCCUUGAGCGCAGGGAGCAUUGUGGCCAUAACCAUGACAGUCCUUGUAGUGGUGGUGCUGGUUUUUGGGGUGGCCGCGUACCUCAAGAUCAGGCACUCCUCCUACGGCAGGCUUUUGGAUGACCAUGACUACGGCUCCUGGGGCAACUACAACAACCCUCUCUAUGAUGACUCCUAGCAGGGACGACGGGGGGGUGGGGGGGAUGGGGAAAAAACCUUUAAUUUAUAAGUGCUUCUGCAGCAGAGCAUCCGCUGUCAAGGAGAUGCCCGGGCUCUGAGCCACCCCUGCGAACAGGAUUAUGGCGGGUCCAAUGGAUGACAGGGAAUGGGAGGGCAGGCGUGCAGUGCCCACAAUAAACCUGAGUUUUGGCCUUUGUGUAGGA